AAGGAUUACUACGAGGUGUUGGGCGUGCCCCGCGAUGCCUCAGAUGGGGAUGUGAAGAAGGCAUACUACAAGCUGGCCAAGCAGUUUCACCCCGACACCAACAAGGGAGACGACGCGGCUGCGGCCAAGUUCCAGGAGGUCAGCAAGGCGUAUGACACGCUGAGGGAUCCCCAGAAGCGGCAGCAGUACGACGGCAUGGGCGCGGACGGCUAUGAGCGCAUGGCGGAGUCUGGUGGCGCCGGCUACAGCCAGUUUGAGGACAUCUUCUCGCAGUUCUUUGGCGGCGGGGGCGCGUAUGCGCGCGGCGGUGCAGCAGGGGGAUUUGGAGGGGGCUUUGGAGGGUUCCGGGCGAAGGGCCCCGACAUGCAUGCACGAAUACGAGUGCCAUUCAUGGAUGCUGUAAGGGGAACAAAGGUGAAGACGAAUCUCAAGGGCGAAAUGGAGGUUGACAUACCUGCAGGCAUCGACAACGGGGCCAUGCUCAAGGUACCGGGGAUGGGGGGACCGGUCCCCCGGCAAUUUGGCGGUGCUGGCGAGCCGGGGGACCUGCUGCUCCAAGUAGAAGUUGAGCCGUCGCCGAUCUUCCAGCGGGAAGGCAAUGACGUUAGCGUGCAGCGCUCCAUCGACUUCACGGACGCCAUCCUGGGCCGAGAUCUCAGGGUGCCAACGCUUGAGGGCGAGGCGGAUGUGCGAGUGCGGCCGGGCACGCAGCCGGGCGACCGACUUCGCAUGCGCGGAUACGGCAUUCCACACGGUGUUACUGGUGUGCAGGGGGAUCAGUAUGUUGUCUUGAACGUGCGGCUGCCGCGAGAAGUCAACGAGCAGCAGCGGCGGCUGUUGGAGAACUUCCGGGAAGAGGAGCAGCAGCGAAAAAAGAAAGCCGCUUGA